AUGGAAGAACCUAACCUAAAAGAAGUAGAUGAUGAGCUAGAAAUAUUCAACAACAAAGAGAUAGAAGAAGUUUCUGUUGACCAUGGAAAAGCUCUUGUUGUUUGUCGUUACCUCAACACUGCUAUGAUGGCUGAAGAUGAAAGUUGGCUUCGUCACAACAUAUUCUAUACAAGUAAGUAUAAAGAUGAAGUCUGGUGUGAUGUUAUCCCAAUAGACUCAUGCCACCUAUUGUUGGGAUGCUCAUGGCAAUAUGAUCGUCGAGCUUACCACGAUGUGUACAAGAAUAGUUAUUCCUUCAUCAAGGAUGGAGUAAAAAUUAUGUUGACUCCAUUAAAGCUAAAAGACCGACCAAAGAGACAAGAAGAAGAUAAAGCACUAAUCACUAUGUCUGGCUUAAACAAAGCUAAUCGUGAGUCAAGCCUCUUAUACCUCUUAUUAGUUUGUGAGAAGAAUGAAGUAUCUUCACCCUUAUCCCAAGAUGUCAAACCCAUAAUUAAAGAGUUUUGUGAUGUUGUACAUAAUGAGAUACUUCAUAGACUGCCACCAAUGCGAGAUAUUCAGCAUGCCAUUAAUUUCAUCCCUAGUUCUCUAAUUCCAAACAAGCCUGCUUAUCACAUGAGUCCGCAAAAGCAUAAGGAGUUACAACAUCAAGUCAAACAACAUUUAGAGAAAGGCCCGGUAAGAGAAAGUGUUAGCCCUUGUGCUGUUCCUACUUUAUCGUUCCAAAAAAAGAUGGAAAAUGACUUAUGUGCAUUGAUAGACAUGUUGUGA